UCAUGGCGUCUCCGCAACAGUCAAGAAUUCAGUCGUAUCUGGAAAAGAACAAGAUCGGACCCCUGUUUGAGGAGUUGAUGACCAAAUUGAUAACGGAGACUCCCGACCAUCCAAUCCCUUUUCUUAUUGAUCACCUGCAGACCAAACAAGACAGCCACGGCAAACUGCACCGCGCCCUGUCCGGUGCUGCACUGUGGGCCCAGAGCUCCCCGGAAUACAAACACACUCGCCGGGAGUACAGCCACUAUGAAAAGCCAUGGCAAAUCCAUCCAAAGAAGCCCAAGAAAUCCAAGAGUGACCUGGCAGUGUCAAGCAUCUCUCCCCCAUCUCCAGAGUCAAAGUCAUUGCCACGGUCGAUCGAAUGUCCAGCCUGGGACUGGAGAGAGAGUCGUGACUUUGACGAGCUCAGCCACAUCCUGCAUGAGAGCCGAAAGUUGGGCAAGGCUCUGGAGAGCCUCUCACGCAGUAUUGCCAUAUCAGAUGAGCUUGACCAGAAUUUGGGAGGCUACAAUGCCUUAUUGCGCCCCCGUGUGGUUGGUGAGUGGAUGGGCCGGGCAGAGGUGGACCCUGACCCGCUGGCUGCUGAGAUGCUGCACCCACCUAUCCCACGGACCAAAACUGAACUGUGCUGGAGCAGUGACAGCAGUCCCUCUGGCAGCCUGAUAAUGGAGGGGAAGAGCAAAGGGCUGAAGGAGCAGCAACAGCAUCAUAAGAAACUGUUGGCAUCCAUGUUGUCCCAGGACUCCUUUGACUCCGUCAACAGCCCUGCCCCCUCGCUUGUGGAGGAGGAGAUGGAGGAUGAGGAUGAUGCUAUGGAACUUCUAGAGGACCUGGACGACCUUCGUAUGGAGGGCGUCACGGUGCUGGCUCUGACCGGGAGCAAGUUCAGUCAGGGACGCAGCUCAUAUCAGGCCGAACCCCAGGCCAAAGUCACACUCAACAUCUGCUCCAGGUGUGCCAGGCUGCAGGGCGAUUCUUUAUCCGACAGAUCUGAGGAGGAUCACCGGGCACACAUAUUGGAACAAGCUGUACCUGACAUCUCCUCCCCAUUGCCAGGGGUGAACUCCGCAGCGGGACGGGUGCAGGAAUGCGAGUCGUCAUCUCAUGUAUCUACCUCUCGUCAGGCUGUCUGGGAGGCUGAUCUGAAGCCCGUCAGAGGUGGCACUUCCCUGGGACACUCGGGCCUGCUACUGGGCGACUCCCUUUUCUCCAAAGAACUGGAGAACAUGGGCAAGCAGUUAGCCGAAGUUGAGAAGGACCUGGCCAAACUGGCAGAGGUGGGGAAGAUGACCGCUCGUAGCUCCAAUAGCCCCCACAGUAGCUUGCUCCAGAACCCGCUACAGCACAGGACCCUCCCAGACACUCUGCCCCUCACCAGCCUCCUGUCCCGUCCACAGUCUCCAGCCAGCAGCCUCUCCAACAAGCCCAGCAGCACGGGCCUCUCCUCCUUCAGCUCCAAACCCACCACACUGGUCAUGGGUCGGUCUCCCAGCAACCCUAGCAGCAGGACUCAAACUCCCAGAACCCCUAGCAGUCGCCCUCUGACCCCGAAUAGUUUACUGACACGUAGCAGUUUUAACCCUGGGGCCCAUAAGGAGGUGACCUUCAGGAGGUCCAGGAGCAGACCUGUAACCCCCACCAGUCAGCCCAUGCACCCCCGCCCACUGCUCACCCCACCAGGGCUCAGCACCACCGACAGCCUUGGAGCCAGCCUAAGGGCCUAUCUGUCUGAGGAUGAGUUUUACCAGCAGUUGCAGGCCAUCCGGCAGCCCUGGCGUAUCCCCAGUGACACAGACAGUGACAUCAUGGACCCUCCGGAGCAGGACAGAAGUGGUGCACAAGAUGCUAACAAAAGAUCAGUCUUUUCAGUGGUGACUCCAAUAGGCUUCCAGAGUGCAGUGAAAGGGGUUGCCACGGCAGUGAAAGCGGCCUGUUUGCUCAUGUCCAGACCAGCAGAAUGGAUGAGGACGCAGAUGGUUUUUCUGUCUGCUGGACCUUUCUCCUGA